AUGGGGACUUCGGAUGAAAAUAUCGGGGUACCCCUUCCCAUGGGCGAGCGCGAGCGCGAGCACGACACCAUGAACGAGAAACAAAUCAACGAGUCAGAAACGUCGUCGGCCACACACGGGGACAAGUACGACAUCCCCCCCGGAGGAGAGAAACCCGACACCGAUGCCGCGACCAAGACAAAGCCCAAGCCUACAUCUCAAAAGCAUGCGGCCUUUACAGGCGACAACCAGAUAUUCACACCGUCGACCAAAAAUCUGGAUGGCGAGGAUCUGCCGGAUGCAGAGAGGGUCGGAACCCACGACAAGAAGGAGUUGACAGAGGAUGAAUGCUAUGACGAGCUGGGAUUCUCCUUUCCGGAAUGGAAGAAAUGGAUGAUUCUUACCGUGAUCUUCAUGGUCCAGGUCUCCAUGAACUUCAACACCAGUCUCUACUCCAACGCCAUCCCGGGAAUCCAGGAAGAAUUUGGCGUCAGCGCGCAGGCUGCUCGAGUCGGUGCCAUGAUCUUCCUGGUCUUCUAUGCUUUCGGGUGUGAGCUCUGGGCACCAUGGAGCGAGGAGUUGGGCAGAUGGCCGAUCCUCCAACUCUCUCUGCUUCUGGUCAACAUCUGGCAAAUCCCCGUCGCCCUGGCUCCAAACUUCGCGACCAUUGUGGUGUGCCGAGCUCUCGGCGGUCUCUCCUCCGCCGGGGGAUCGGUCACACUCGGUAUGAUUGCAGACAUGUGGGAAGCGGAUAACCAGCAGUACGCCGUGGCAUUCGUCGUCUUCUCCUCGGUUGGUGGUUCGAUCCUCGGCCCCAUCGUUGGUGGAUUCAGCGAAACCUAUCUCAAGUGGCAAUGGUCCAUUUGGCUCCAAUUGAUCUUCGGCGGUUUCGUCCAGGCCCUCCACUUCUUCUGCGUCCCAGAGACAAGGAGUACCAUCAUGAUGGACAAGAUUGCGAAGAAGAGACGGAAGUCUGGCGUCGACCCCAUGAUCUAUGGACCGAACGAGCUCGUGCCAUACUCGGAUAGAUUCUCUGCCAAAGAGAUCUUGGUCACCUGGAUUCGGCCAUUCAAGAUGUUCUUGACGGAGCCUAUCGUCCUCACCCUCUCUCUCCUGAGUGGCUUCAGCGAUGCGCUCAUCUUCAUGUUCAUCCAAUCUUUCGGCUUGGUAUAUCAUCAAUGGGGUUUCAGCACUGUCCAAGUUGGUCUAACCUUCGUCGCUAUCGGUGUGGGAUACACGUUGGCCUGGCUCUCCUUCAUCCCCGCGAUCAAGCGAAAUAUCAAAGAGCGACAGGCCCACCCGGACGACGAGAAGGCGCAAUACGAAUCGCGUCUCUGGUGGUUGCUGUACACAGCUCCCUGCUUGCCAAUCGGUCUCAUUGGUUUUGCUUGGACGUCGACCGGCCCACCCAUCCACUGGAUCGGAAGCAUGAUUUUUGCCGGCAUUGUCGGUGUCGCUAAUUAUUCGAUUUACAUGGCCACCAUCGACUACAUGAUCUGUGCCUACGGUCCCUACUCUGCGUCCGCAACGGGCGGUAAUGGAUGGGCGAGAGAUUUCCUGGCGGGUGUACUCACCAUCCCCGCGACUCCUUUCUUCACGAACCUCGGCAGCACCACUUCCAAGUCCCUCGCCUACGCCUCCACGAUCCUCGCCUGCAUCUCCUUCGUGCUCGUCCUGGCCGUCUACGUAAUCUACUGGAAAGGGCCGGUCCUACGCAAACGUUCACCUUUCGCCCAGCAGCUCUCGGACGCCCGCGCCGAGCAGGAAACCCUCGGCCGCCGCCUCUCCAAGCUGCCCUCCUCCGACCAGGCCCAGCGCAGACCGACCACGCACCGCGAGCAGUCGUUCGUGCGCAGCCAGCAGGAUCUUCGUCUGAGGCAGGCGAUGGGCAGUCGGCAGCACAGCUACGUGGGCCAGAAGACGCCGAACCGGACGCCGGUCGCGAGCCGCAGGAAUAGUCUGGUGGGAGCGGCGAGGAAGACGCCCGUGGCGAGUAGGAGGAACAGUAUUGCGGAUAGUGGGGCAUGA